UUGACAUAUUUUUGAAUUGAAUAAGUUUCACCAUUAUUGUUUAACACCUUUUCUAAAUAAAUUUGACAGAUGGAGAGAUCUGAGAGAGAGAUUAGAGAAUCUAAACUCCAAGAACUAAUGAACAAACAUUUUGCAGCAAGUUCAGUUCCAAAAGGCAUCCAUUGUCUCUCUUUGAGAUUAACCGAUGAAUACUCAUCUAAUGCCCAUGCACGCCACCAGUUGCCCUCACCGGAGUUUCUCCCUGUUCUUUCUGACAACUCAUAUUACCAUUUUAUCCUUUCAACUGACAACAUCUUAGCAGCUACUGUUGUGGUCACUUCUACAGUCCAGUCAUCUCUAACACCUGAGAAGAUUGUUUUCCAUGUCAUCACUGAUAAGAAAACAUACGCAGGCAUGCACUCAUGGUUUGCCUUAAACCCCAUCUCACUUGCCAUUAUUGAAGUCAAAGGUGUUCAUCAGUUUGACUGGUUGACCUGAGACAAUGUUCCUGUUCUUGAAGCCAUUGAAAAUCAUAAUGGAAUUCGUAAUUACUAUCAUGGAAAUCAUAUAUCAGGCACUAAUGUUGGUGAUACUGUUACUCCAAGAUCACUUGCCUCAAAAUUACAAGCUAGAAUCCCUAAAUACAUAUCCUUGCUCAAUUAUCU